GAGUGGGCAAAGAACACGUACAAUGAUCAGUAUGAGAAGUGGAUGCCUUGGGUCGAGGAUAUGUACCUCAAAUGGUUCACAAAGGAUAACAAGGCCAGCUACGCCACCAAAGGCCUAGACAACCUCAACAAGACAAAAGUAACGGGCGUCGAACAAGUCGAUACUCUCCAAGACGGCGUCAACAACCUCGCCACCGGUCAGGUCGGCCAAGGCGGUCUCCUCCAACCCGUCGGAGAUAUGGCCUCCAAGGAGGGCAUCAACCGUACCGAGCGACAGGGCAAAGACGACAAGGGUGGCUACACACCCGAG